GGGAGCGAUUGCGCAGGCGCAGCGUGCUCCGCUUCCUCUUCCGCUUCCUGUUGUGAGGAGGCGCCUGUGAGGGGAGAGUUGCCAUGCCGCUGGACCACCGGCGCGUUCCGGGCCCGGAGGAGUCUCAAUCUCCGCUGCUCUUCGUGGCCGGGCAGGAGGAGGAGGAGGAGAAGCCGGAAAAGCCGGGGCGGGACCCUUCGGCGCUGCAGGCGGUGUUCGCGCGGGCGGCGGUGCUGAGCCAGGCCAAGGGCUCGGCCUUCGUGGAGCUCUCGGGCGGGACCAAGGUGCUUUGCGGCGUGUACGGGCCCCGCGAGGCCCCCGGAGGAGGAGGAGGAGGAGCAGCGGGGGGCGAGUGCGGGGGCCGGCUGGUGUGCGAGUUCCGUCGCGCGCCCUUCUCGUCCCGCGGGGCCCGGAGGCGGUGGUCGUGUGAGCGCGACCCGUGCCUGGCGCAGGCUUUGCAGGAGUCCCUCUCGGCCGCCGCCCGCCUCUCCCGCUACCCGCGCGCCCAGCUGGAGGUCAGCGCCCUGGUGCUGCAGGACGGGGGCUCCGUGCUGGCCGCCGCCCUCUGCGCCUCCGGCCUCGCCCUGGCCCACGCCGGCGUCGAGCUCUUCGACCUGCCCGCCGCCUGCGCCCUCGCCCUCGCCCCAGGAACAGCGGGAGAGUGGCUGCUCCAGCCCGACGAGGCCGAGACCCGCCGCGCCCGCGCCCACCUCACCGUCGCCCUCCUGCCCUCCCUCAACCAAGUGGCCGGCCUCCUGGGCAGCGGGGAAGGGGGGCCCCCGGACAGCUGGGCACGGGCCCUGCGCCUCGGACUCGACGGCUGCCACCGCCUCUACCCGCUCCUCAGGAAGAGCCUCCUCCGCGCCCUCCACGACAAGGGCCACCCCACCCCCAAGACCCCCAAGGAGGAAGAGGAAGAAGGGGCGCCCCACAGCCACACCUGAGGCACAGACCCACUCCGGUCCCUUGCUUAAGCUGGAUGCUUCUCAAAGGUGGAUGAGCAAGAGAUGGAACGUGGGUCACCCCCCAGCGCUUCAGCCAAGCCUCGUUACUGCCUGUUCCUUGCCAGCAUGCAACAUUGUGUGGAUGCAACUGUUCUAUCAUUGUUGGGUGAACAUCCUGGCUUCAGAUGCCAGCUCUGCACUAGGACUACAAUCUGUGAAAGGCCAGGCCAAGCAUCCUUUCCUACUGAGUGGAACUGCCUUUCACGCAAGGACUUGCCCUCAUUGCAUUGGAUAGACUUUUGGCCUCAAGUGGGGAAGACGUCGAGUUUGAGCUGGAUGUUUCCAACCAAGACAGCCUUUGGCAAGCAAAUAACAA